GGAAGCCUCGCGAGAUCUAGGGGUCGUGAUCUCGUUGCGUUGCCUAGCGACAAAAGGACGCUGACGGGCCCCCUGACGAAACCCCGCAGUAGCCCUAAGUCUCCUACCAUGGGGGACGAAGGCGGCAGCCGCAGAGGCGGGAUCACUAGGGACCUGCAGAAGCUGAAGCAGCAGGCGAUGGCGUACUACCAGGAGAACGACGUCCCGCGCAAGCUGGAAGAGCUGCUCAACUCCACCUUCUACCUCCAGCCUGCGGACGUCUACGGGCACCUGGCAAACUACUUUUCUAAACUUGCAAAGCCUCCCUCCAUAUGUAAAAUAGUGGGGAAACCCAUACUGGAUGGACUGGGACUUCCUACUCUACAGGUGGAAAUCUCCUGCAUCAUUCAAAAUUUCCCCAAGUACAUCUGUUCCGUGGCGAUACCUACUCACUUUGAAAUCGUGGAGAAUGCUUUGCCAGAGGUGUUGGACGCAGAGGAGGCAGAAAGGGACCAGGCAGUGAACACAGCUGUACAGUGGAUCAAUCUGUCCAUCACAGAGGAGCUGUGGGGUCUGGUUCCCUCCAACCAGGCAGAGGUGGACCACAGGCUCAGGAUCUUCUUUGAACACAAAGUACAAGAAGAUAAAGAGAGAAAAGAAUUGGAAAGGAGCCAGGAGGAGCCAGUUCUUGCACCUCCACCAGUAAUUCCACCACCACCUCCCCCACCUCCCUCCAAGAAGAAAGGGCAGAAGGCAGGACGGAGGGACACUCUUUUGGAGAAACCUGUUUUACCCCCAGAGCCCCCAGAACCAGUCCUCCAUGGCAGCAUGGCCAUUGGAGCUGUGUCCCUGGCGGUCGCCAAAGCCAGCGCGACCUUGGCCAGCACUCCUCUCUACUUAACCCUUGCGUUACUGAAGCACGACCAGGAGCAGCCGUCAACAUUCACUAUGCCUUUGCUGAUGGGAUCUGUACUGAGCUGUGGGAAGUCAUCACCUGGGAAGCUACAGUUAAUGAAAGAAGUGAUUUGUAUUCCCAGUCCUGGAUUAACAACCAAACAAGGUAUCGAGUUGCUUCUGGAAAUUCAGAAACAAGUUAACAGAGCAAUGGAGACGCUCCAACCUCCAAAACCAGAGACCAAAAAAGGGCAUAAUGGAGGCAAAAGAGCUCAGCCUCCAAUCACUGGCAAGGUGUCUCAUCUUGGCUGUUUAACCAUCAACUACGACACUGUAGAACAGCCACUGCUGCUUAUUCAGGGAAUCUGUUCAAACCUGGGGUUGGAACUGGGAGUGAACGUCCAUCUUGCCAUCAACUGCGCUGGGCAUGAGUUGAUGGAUUAUAGUAAAGGGAAGUAUGAAGUAAUGGUGGGCACACAGAAAAGCGCAGCCGAGAUGGUGGAGCUCUACGUGGACCUGAUCAACAAGUAUCCUUUCAUAAUUGCCUUAAUUGAUCCUUUCAGGAAGGAGGACUCUGAGCAGUGGGACAGCCUCUAUGCCGCUCUGGCUUCCAGGUGCUACAUAAUUGCAGGCGCCGCUUCCAGAAGCGUCUCUAAACUCCUAGAAUACAGAAAUAUAAGCACCCUGAAAUUCCAUGGGCUGAUCAUAAAACACACAAACCAAACCACAAUGUCUGACUUGGUGGAAAUAACCCAUCUUCUCAACGGUAAGAAGCACCUUGCUGUCUUUGGAAGCACGGACUCAGAGUCCUCUGAUGACAGCCUUGUCGAUUUGGCAGUUGGACUUGGUGCCCGGUUUAUCAAGUUGGGGGGUCUUUCUCGGGGUGAACGGAUGACCAAAUACAACCGCCUUCUUGCUAUAGAGGAAGAGCUCGUCCAGAGUGGAGCCUGGGGUUUCAGUGAAGAACACAAUUUUUCUUUCUUUCAAGAGGAUGCUACUGCCACAAUGGCUGAGGAAACUCUUGGGCCCCUGGACUCCAUCUUCCCCACAGAGGUUGUAGAGGAAUCAGCUAAAGCAUGAGCCCCAUGGGGCUGGACUCCCAAGGGCACAGUUACUCUACAAGUGUGGGCUAGCUCCUGUGAAGUACCUCCAUGGUGGUUCUGUUCUUAACUCCGCCCAUAUAUGCAAACGAGUGUAACUCCACCUACAUAUGCAAACGAGUGUAACUCCACCUACAUAUGCAAACGAGUAUAAUUACCAAC